CAGCGGUGCUCAUGUUACCUUUCUUUAAUAUGCUGGAAUAACUAACAGGAAAUGCCUUUGUUUUAAUGUAAUAUGUGCAGGCAAUUCUGCAUACUUUGGAUUUACAACCUGACGUGACAGCACUGGACAUCUCUGUGAUGCUGGAGGAGUAAAACUGGAGACUUUUUUUACCAUGUUUACCUGCGCACGGAGGAACUUGACAUCUGGUGUUGUGGAGUUCAUCUGCAAUGUCAGAUUCAAGCUGUCCGUCAAACUCUUAUAUUGACCCACUGCCAUCAUAAAUCAUGGAUUUGGGAAACGUCACCAUCACUGGGAACGUGUCGGACGUCCACCUGGUCACACACAGUCUGUGGGAGGUGGUCACCAUAGCGACCGUCUCCGCCAUCGUCAGCUUCAUCACGAUUGUCGGGAAUGUUCUGGUGAUGUUGUCUUUUAAGGUGAACAGCCAGCUGAAGACGGUCAACAACUAUUAUCUGUUGAGCCUGGCCUUCGCUGACCUCAUCAUCGGCCUUUUCUCCAUGAACUUGUACACCUCUUACAUUCUGAUGGGUUACUGGUCUCUGGGCAAUUUGGCAUGUGAUUUGUGGUUGGCGCUGGAUUACGUGGCCAGCAACGCCUCCGUGAUGAACCUACUGGUCAUCAGUUUCGAUCGAUACUUCUCCAUCACCAGACCUUUGACGUACCGAGCCAAACGGACACCGAGGCGAGCUGGCGUCAUGAUCGGCCUCGCGUGGCUGGUGUCAUUCAUUCUUUGGGCUCCUCCAAUCCUGUGCUGGCAGUAUUUGGUUGGUAAGAGAACGGUACCUGAGAGACAGUGUCAGAUCCAGUUCUUCUCUGAACCCGUCAUCACUUUCGGAACGGCCAUAGCGGCUUUUUACAUUCCCGUUUCCAUCAUGACGAUCUUAUACUGCCGGAUAUACAAAGAAACCGAGAGGCGCACAAAAGACCUGGCCGAGCUGCAGGGGGUCAACUCCUCGACAAACUCCGGCAGCACCGCCCAGCCUCGAAAAACCAUCCGGUCCUGUUUCAAGAUCAAACAUCUGAAGAACGCUUCACGGCGGAAUCAGACGUCUUGGUCCUCCUCGCAUCACGCCGAUGUGCCAGAGUGGCCGAAAACCCACCAACUUGCCAACUUCAACAGCUAUGGCUCUUCUGAAGAUGACGAGCGCUCUGUGUCUCCCGCCGUCGUCCAGACGCCCUACAGACAUCAGCAGAGCAAAGCGGAGGCGUCCAAUGGCAACUGCGAGGAAGAUGCCGUCUUCCCAUCCUCCCUCAAAGAAAGUCCAAGGAACAAGAAAUGUGUUUCUUACAAGUUCAAGCCGGUUUCAAAAGACACAGGAUUGCAGCAGAACGCCGAUGGUGAAAGGAAGGCCGCGACCUCUUCGUUCUCAUCCGCCGAGUCCGUGAAUGCGCCUUCCUCUUCGUCUUCAUCCAAACCCGCGGACGGCACGUUGAAAAGCCAGAUGACCAAGAGGAAGAGGAUGGUGCUGAUCAAAGAGAGGAAGGCCGCUCAGACUCUCAGCGCCAUUUUGCUGGCGUUCAUACUGACGUGGACGCCCUACAACAUCAUGGUGCUCAUCUCCACCUUCUGCUCGGACUGCAUCCCGCUGGCACUCUGGCAUUUGGGCUACUGGCUGUGUUACGUCAACAGCACGGUGAACCCCAUGUGCUACGCGCUGUGCAACAAAACCUUUCAGAAGACCUUCCGCAUGCUUCUGUUGUGCCAGUGGAGGAAGAAGAGGGUGGAGGAGAAACUCUACUGGUGCGGACAAAAUCCUGUGGUCGGCAGCAAGUUAACCGGAGCGACAUGAACGUUCACAGAAGAACGGGAAAGCUUUGAUAGAAAGCACAUUCUUUUAUUAGUUAUUCACCCUCAUGUCAAACCUGUGCGAGUUUAUUUCUUCUGCAGAACACACAAGAAGAUAUUUUGAAGAAUGUCUAUAACCAAACAACACUGGAACCCAUUGACUUCCAUGAACACAAAACCACAGGCAUUUCUCGAAAUAUCUUCUUUCGUGCUCCACUGAAGAAAGUCUCACAUUCAGAUUUACAACCAAACAAGAGUUAAGAAAUAAUAACGGAAUUAUGUGAAACAUUCUUUUGGUUUAGUUUAAUGUCUACAGAACAAACGUGUUGCCCGGUUGUUCUGGUGCAACGUCACAUAAUCAACAAGGUGCGUGGAAUGAUGAAUGCACACUUUACAGAUAAUACCAGCAACACUCGUGAUAACAAGGGGUCAGAAAAACCCCCAAAAGAUGAUAUUCUUAUUUUGCCAACGCGUUUCGACACACAGGCCUUCAUCAGGUUACAGGUGUCAGGUGUGAACAAAUUCCUUUAAAAAACUUGCAAGCAUCCAAUAAGAAAGUGGAUGAUGUCCUAUACCAAUCACAAACUAAUCAAACAAACAAUCAUACAUUGACCAAUAUUCCACACCGAAAAAAAAAAUGAUUAUGUGCCUUAGUAGAUAUGAUUAAAAUAUACUUAUUAGAAUUACAGAAAGUUCCUGUUUUUAAUAACAACAAAGAAAUUAAAAUAACGUAAAAAUCUUUGAAAUAAAAUAGACUAAUUUUGGUUGUUAAGAUUUUAAUUAUUUAGUUUGAGUCAUUUAAUUUAACAAAUUAUCAAGUAAAUCCAACACAAUUUUAUUAUGUUAAACCCAUUUAAAUAGGUAAAAUUAAAUUGACUUAUUUACUUUGUGUUGUGAACUUGUGACUACAUAAAUGAAAUGUUAUUUUACUCACUGAGCAGUAACUGUGCUAAUGCUAGUAUUAUAUCACAGUCUCUCCGCAUAAGUUCAUAUUUUGUAAAAAAUAGUAUACAGUAUUUCAUUAUGAAAUUAAGUGAACCGUGGAGUUAGAAGCAUGUUUUUGUUCAAGGUAAAUGUUUAGGUUAAGUAAUAUUUACUUAAUAUUUUAACAAAUACUAAAUUUAUUUAAUAAGUAUCAUUUACUUUAUUCUGG